AUGUUGCUAGAAAAUGAAGGACGAAAUGUGGACGAUGCUAUUCAUGAGCUUCAUGUAUUAUAUAUGAGGUAUUUUUCAUUGGAUGAUCCAUGGCAACCAAUACCAAAUCGUACAAAUGAACGAACUGAAUUACUUCGACAGAUGGCAAUUGCGGUUGAUGAAAUUUUGAACGCUGAAGAAAGGCCUAAUUGGUUACAUCCAGCAAUGUUUCAUGGACCAUUAACAUCAGCAAUUUGUUCUUUACCACCAAUUCCUGACAGCAAUGCAAUAUUAAUGCCACCAACAAUUGAUCCACGUGAAGUAUACUGGUCGAAAUUUAGCAUUUGCAAUCAUUCACGAUCAUUAGAACGAAAACCAUUCAUCGUUUCGCUGCAAUAUCAUUCACCAUAUCCAUUGGAAACUUCACAAACUAUUCACAAAUUAUCACCAUCCAAAUCCGGAAUUACAACUGAAAUUUCCACUACUACUCCGGUUAAUAACAAUUUAACAUCAUUUAUCAAAAAAUCCACUCUACCACGUGUAGGUGCUUUAUCAAAUAAUAAAUUCCGUAAUGAGCAACAAAUUCAAAUUGAAAAAUUUGUGGGAGAAAUUUUACAAGCACGUGGCUUACAAUUUAAUCGUAGCAACGAUGAAAAUAAACCAAAAGAAUACCUUUAUCAAUUACCUUCAACUAAUAAUCCAAUCUAUCAAUGA